UACGAGUCUAUAGAUGUUCCUCUUUCGGGCUGUGUGGCAAAGGCUAUGAACAGCAUAAAAAAAUCUUAUACGGUAAAGGUCUUAGUUGAUGAUAAGUUAAAGCAACAGUCGGUGAAAGAAGUUACCGAAACUUUCUGCUAG